UGUAAAGUUAAACCAAUGAGAAGGGGACACGUCAUGCGUGGGUGUGUCUAACGGAAGGACACAAAAAUAUAUAAAUAGGAGCCCAACCCCUGUCCUUUCAAAUACGAGGUACGACGUGGGAGAUAUAUUUGGUUAAAGGAAGUUUGUAGAGAUUGAGGAACAAUGGCUCGUACCAAGCAGACUGCGCGUAAAUCCACUGGAGGAAAGGCGCCAAGGAAACAACUGGCGACAAAAGCCGCAAGGAAGAGCGCGCCCUCUACUGGUGGCGUCAAGAAGCCUCACAGAUACAGGCCUGGAACUGUUGCUCUGAGAGAAAUCCGUCGUUAUCAGAAGUCAACAGAGUUGCUCAUCCGCAAGUUGCCCUUUCAGCGUCUGGUCAGGGAGAUUGCACAAGAUUUCAAAACUGACCUGAGGUUCCAGAGUGCAGCCAUCGGUGCUCUUCAGGAAGCAAGUGAGGCCUACCUUGUUGGUCUGUUUGAGGACACGAACUUGUGUGCCAUCCAUGCUAAGAGGGUCACAAUCAUGCCCAAGGACAUCCAGCUUGCAAGGCGAAUCCGAGGAGAGAGGGCAUAAUUUUUUUUUUUUUUUUUUUUUAUUUUUUUUAUUUUCUGUUUUAAUGAGACACUCAAAAUCAAUGGAUUUGUACAUUGGAGUCAUUUUGUAAAACAUUCCUUACAGACUCAGGUUUUUAAAGUGAGUGUAUCUAGAAUAUAUGUUGUAGAGUGGCUUUAGUUGCAUGCUUAAAGUAUUUAUCACUUCUCUUUUACAUAAUUUGGUUGUAAAUAAAAAAAAAAAAAAUUACACUACCUCAGUUGUGUGCUGGUAAUUCAGUCUGUUAAUUGUAAAUGCUUUGCCUCCGGAUUUUAAUUUUAUAAAUUGUUAGAAGUACAAUAACAUGAGAAAUUGUACUGGUGAAAACACAAAUGAAGUCCAUUUAUAUAACCAAAGGGUAUCUAGAUGCUGCUUUUACCAAUUCCUUUUUUUUUUUUUUUUUAAGUGGGCUGACUUUAAUUUUAACACUUUAAAGUGUCCCAAGUAAUUGUUGCUUGUGAGAACAAGUACCGUAAGGGAUAGUUCACCCACAAAUGAAAAUUCUCAUGAUUGACUCCAUACCAUCCCAUAUGUGAUUUCAAAUACAGAACACUUAUUUAAGAUGUAAAUUUAAACUCUGUAGGUCCAUACAAUGCAAGUGAGUGGGUGCCAAAAAUUGAUGCUCCAAAAAGCAAAGGCAUAAAAGUAAUCUGUAUGACUGGUGAAAUUCAUGCAUUCAAACACGAUUUGAUAAGUGUUGGAGAGAAACCAAUCAAUACAAGUAAUUAUUUAUCAAAUUCUCCCUGCGAUAUGCAAGAAGGAUGUGAAUCACCAAAAACUGAAGGAGAAAGUGGAAAUAGUCUCGAGUAGGGAGGAGAAUUUCUAGUUAAAAUUAAAGGGGGGGGGGCUUCAAUAUUGGUCUGUUUCUCACCCAUACCUAUAAAAUCGCUUUGAUCAUAUUGAUUUAACCACAAGUUGUCUGGAAUAAUUUUAUGUUGCUCGUAUGUGAAUUUUGGCACCCAUUCAUUUACAUUGUAUGGACCUACAGAGCAGAGAAAUACUGUGUUCAGCAGAAGCAAAGUCAUACACAUCUGGAAUGGCAUGAUGGUGAGUAUGAUUAGAAUUUUCAUAGAUUGAAAUAUCACUUAAGGCACUAAUACUAUGAGCAGUUAUAAACCUGCCUUGUGAACCACCAGGGGGCGCAAUUGUGUCGUUUUGGCUCAAAGUCUUCAAGAAAAUUGUGUCCAAAUUGAUUGUAGUUUCAUGGAUUUUGGAACAUCACAAGUUUAAUACACUAAGAAUAUUUUGAUAAAAUUCUAAGUUCUCAGUAUUUUCUUUAGUACGCUUAAGUUCAUUUCGUUCAGUUUACUGUGAAUGCCUCUCCUAAUAUUAGCUGACUGUACAUAAUUAAAUAUGCAGAUUUCGUCAA